CACUCACUUGCACACCACCAACAUCAAUUGCCACCGUCUUGAAACUUUGACUUGGAUCCAGCAAUCUGAUCCUUAUCGUAUGAGAAAGCAAUACCAGAGAUAAUCAACGAACCUGCUGCUGUAGGUUCGGAAUGACUCAGGGCCCUCAAACUCACCGCCACCAAUUCUCCUCAGCUUAGUGGGCUGCUAGACUACUGUGCUCGCUGGGCUACAUAACCACCUGGGUACUCCAUACAUACCAACCGGCUAGCUCACCCUAUUGAGGAAUAGUUGCCCCUCUGUUGGUGUGUAAGGCGAGCGCUAGCUGCGGGAGCGAAUGCUUCUCUUCUCAUCCUCGCCCGGUCCGGUUCCGCUGUGAGCAUCAACAGCCAUUCAAUACCAUCUCUGCUCGUCCACCCCACUUCUCUUCUCAUUUCCUUCUUUUCCUCAUCUUCUCAAGACCGCCGCUCUUUUUCUCCAAUAGUAGUGUCAGACUAUUUCUUCUACUCCGCUCUGCAUUGGUUGAUACCCCGCGUCCUAUGGUGUUUCCGAAUAUUACACAGCGCCACUACUUCGUUUAUUGAGGCUGACAAGCCUUUUCAUCAUCAACCCGAAAUAUGGCUCUGGGUCGGUCACGUGGGCCUGCAAAACUGCCUGUGCAGCAGCUCACAAUUCUUGGUGAGUCUCCUAGCCUUCCUAAUCAACAAGUUGAUAGAAUAUCCGUUAAAAGCACUCAUUUUGUUGCUGUUCAAUUCAAAGCGAGGCGGGAGUUUGGGUUUCGGAAUUUCAGAAGUUUUUGAGGUUACAUUCGCAGAACUCUGACUAUGCGUGUGACCGCAGUAUAUUCUAUCAUUGUACUCAGCUGAAAAUACACAUUCUUGAAACUUCUCCAACCGCUGGUAGUGUAGUGCCUCAAUCCAUUCUCUGUUUCGCGGAUAUUGAAAAAACUUAUACCACAUCGCUGACUUUUUUAAUCCAAGCAAUAUGUCGAUUCGCCGAGCCCCUGGCACUGACUUCUGUGUAUCCAUACCUACCUGAGAUGAUAGAAAGUUUUGGUGUCGAGAGAAAAGAUGUUGCUAAAUGGGCAGGAAUAACUUCGGCUGUGUUCAGUAUAGCUCAAUGUUUGACUGCCAUUUUAUGGGGAAGAGCAUCUGACAUGUUUGGCCGCAAGCCUGCCAUACUUUGCGGAUUGACAUUUACUAUGUGCUGUACAUGUAAGUCUUUACCUUAUUUCAAUUCACAUCUUCGACCCCUCCUGUGUAGUAAAUCCACUUGAAAGUAUUUCCAGAAAUAAUCAUGACUAACGUGUUCAUUUUCAAGUAUUUUGGGGCAUUUCGUCGUCCUUACCAAUGGCAAUUGUUGCCAGAGCUCUCUCUGGUGCUUGUAAUGGAAAUGGUAUGUCGGGUAUUAACCAUGAUUAAGGACUUGACUAAGAGAUUAUAGUUGGCAUUAUUCGAACAAUGGUGGCCGAAAUGGUUCCUGAAAAGGAACUUCAACCAAGGUAAGCAAGGAAAGAGGUUCUCCAUCAUACCUUACUUUCAUAUUCCUUUCUUUUCUGUUCGUUGUCCAAACCCCCCCAAAUUAGAUCUCGGACUUGUUUGCGAUCCCGUCAAGUACGCUAAAGCUGACUUCUUCUUCAGAGCAUUCUCUAUUAUGCCCCUAGUAUGGAGUUUAGGUUCAAUCUUCGGACCAUCAUUUGGAGGCUUCUUCGCAAAGCCAGCAGAAAAUAUGCCGGGAUUGUUUGGGCAUAAUGCUCUAUUGAUCAAAUUCCCCUUUCUCCUUCCAAACCUGGUUGCAAGUUUCUUCUUUUUAACCGGUAUUUCAACAGGAAUAUUCUUUCUCAAAGUAAGUUUUAAAAAACAUGGGGGUGUCACUGAGUUUUCAGUGGUAGAACAUCGACAGUCACGAGACCAUUUAUUUGUCUUUGCGUCGCCAAAAUGAGAGAAUCCAAUGAUUUUAGUGAUCUUAUCCGUGAAAUCCGGCUAUUCUACUCCUUGGUAGAAACCAAAUAACAUUUGUUCUUAUCAUUGCUGACAAUCUCUUUUAGGAAACACUUGAGACCAAAAAACAUAGAACAGAUUGGGGUCUCACAAUUGGAAAGAAAGGCGUAGCCCUGGUCAAAAGAGUUUUCAAAAUGAAUAGCUCGAAAGGCAAGCCCCAUCAUUCGUUCUCCUCGCCUCCUGAUGAGAGGACCUCUCUUCUUGGUCCCAAACCUUCGACAAAUGACAAUUCCUCCGAAUCUUCUGAUGUGAAUUUUGCUACUAAAAGCACCAAAAAGCCCGAUUUACCAAGACCCACUUUGUCUGAAGUAUUUACAAAACAAAGUGUCAUUAAUCUUGCAGCAUAUACAUUGUUGGCUCUCCAUGCUGUUGCUUAUGAUCAGCUUUUACCAAUCUUCAUGCACAACCCACAACAAAAACAUGACUCUUCAAAUACUCAUCUUCCUUUUAAAUUCUCUGGCGGGUUUGGACUCGGAUCAGGCCGUAUCGGAACUCUGUAAGUCCUUCUCGUACCUUACAACCUAUACCUCACACCUCUCCAUCCUUCCCAUUUCCUCAAAAUUCAAACACUAACAUGAUAUCAGCUUCACACUCUACGGCAUCUGCGGCUGCUUCAUCCAAUUCCUCAUCUUCCCCCCAACAGCACGCUACUUCGGCGUCCUCCGCUGCUUCAAAGCCUGCGCCGUCACCUUCCCCGUAAUCUGUUUCCUGACCCCCUUCACCGCACUUAUCAAAAACUCAGUGCACCAACAAGCCACCAUGUUCUCCAUCAUGGUCCUCAAAUCCUUCGCCGUCAUUUUCGCAUUCCCCUGCUCCAUCAUCCUCUUAACAAAUAGUGCGGCGAGUCUGAGGGUAUUAGGCACACUUAACGGUGUCGCGGUGAGUGUCUCGGCUGUUGGUCGUGCAGUGGGUCCUGCGCUGGGAGGCGCGGCUUUCACCUGGGGAUUGGAGAGGGGGUAUGUUAUCACGCCAUGGUGGUUACUGGGCUCGAUUGCGGCGCUGGGUGCGGUGCCUAUUUGGUAUCUGGAGGAGAUGGAGGGGUUCAACAAGAAAGACGAUGAUUCCUCGUCUGAAUCAGACGUCGACUCAGACUCUGAACAAGAUCUUCUCAACACCAUCCCAGAAGAACCACGAUCCCAACACCAAUCUCCGGUUCUUGACAGAGAGGAAGCUUUCUCAGCACAAAAUGAGGACGCCCUCGAGUUCUCCGAACCAAAUACCCUUUCGCGCGUCCAGUCGAGGAAGAGUCAGCGACGUGCUAGUGCGAGCAAUAACGCAGAUGAGGAGUUUGAGAGGAGGGUUAGUAGUCCGAUUGGGAUUGGGCAGCCGGUUGGGAAGGGUGGCCGCAGGUUGAGUAAUAGUCUUGCGGGGAGUGCUAGUGGGUAUGGGACUGGGGGGACGAGUUUUGCAUAG